CGAGACUAGACCUUUAAAUACAACCUUUGGAUACGAUCACGUGGUACGGUAGCUCCACGACAACCUGCCUUCUCUUUGCUACCGCGUCUGGUUUUGCGAUUAAAAAGGAUGGCAGAACAUGAGCCACCCCUCUCGUGUGACUGCUUUGUGUCCUUGCCCCCCGGCUCGCAAGAUGAUCACGUGAUUUUUGGGAAGAACUCAGACCGUCCUAGAGAUGAAGUCCAGGAGGUUCUUUACUACCCGGCAACCAGUCACCCAUCUGGGACCAUGCUGGAGUGCACGUACAUUCAGAUCCCCCAAGCAGAAUACACCCAUGCUGUGGUCCUCAGCCGGCCUUCCUGGCUGUGGGGGGCCGAGAUGGGGGCCAACGACAAGGGGGUCUGCAUCGGGAACGAGGCUGUGUGGACCCGCGAAGCUAUCGAUCCAGGGGAAGCCCUGCUAGGAAUGGACCUGGUCCGCUUGGGGCUUGAGCGUGCGGACAGUGCCUGGGGGGCGGUGAGUGUGAUCACUGGUCUGCUGGAGCAGCACGGCCAGGGGGGGCCAUGCAGGGAGGACCCGGCGCCCUUCAGCUACCACAACUCCUUCCUCCUGGUGGACCGCAAUGAGGCCUGGGUCCUGGAGACUGCCGGCAAGCUCUGGGUGGCACAGAAAGUCACCGAGGGGGUGAAGAACAUCUCCAAUGCGCUGACCAUCGGGACGGAUAUCUCGGCUGAGCACCCAGAGCUGCGGAGUGUGGCCCAGGCCCAGGGUUGGUGGAGCGGCGAGGGAGAGUUCUGCUUCAACGAGGUGUUCAAGUCUGAAAACCCCCCCGCCAGGAUGGAACUGGCCAAGAAGCGCUACAGUGGGGGCACACAGCUCCUUCAACAGCAUGAUGGUUCUGUGACGGCCGAGGUGAUGAUGUCCAUCCUGAGGGACAAGCCUAGUGGGAUCUGCAUGGACUCUGGGGGGUUCCGCACCACUGGCAGCAUGGUGUCCAUCCUGCCCCGCGAUCCCAGCCUGCCGUGCAUCCACUUCCUCACUGCCACCCCCGACCCCUCCAGGUCUGUUUUCAAGCCUUUUAUCUUCUCUGAGUCUGUGACCCCAGUGUCGAGGGUGAUCUCCCCACAGUACGGCCCAGACGACCCGGUCAGGAAGCAGCCACGCUUCCAGAGCCAAGUGGACCGCAGGCACGACCUGUACAAGGCCCAUGAGGGGGCCCUGCAGACUAUGGAGACCAACCCGGAUGCAGGGAAUGCUCUGACGGAGACAUUGAGGAUGUUGGAGGGCCAGUGUCUGACGGACAUAUCAGCCCUGCUCAGUGGAGAAAUACCAGCAGAUGAGGAACUGGGGGACCUGUUCUUUGACUGUGUGGACACGGAGCUGAAGUUCUACCAGUGAGGAGCGCCCUCAUGUGGAGAAUGCUAGUGCUUGCAGAUCGGCAGGAGAUGGCCCUGGGACUGUUACAUCCUGUGCUCCUGUUAGAUUGGCUCCCUCCCAUCUCACGCAUACAAACCCCCUGAUGCCAUUCCAUCCAUCAUUAACACAGAAUAUAAAUGUCUUAACGUUCCAUGGGAUUGGAGCAUCAUUAUCAUUUGUAUCACUUUAGGGAGCAAUGCUCGCCCCACAUUAGUGAGUAUGUGAUAGACCACUACAGGAGUGUACAUUACCAGUUAAAAGUUUGGACACACCUACUCAUUCAAAGGUUUUUCCUAUUUGACUAUUUUCUACAUUGUAGAAUAAUAGUGAAGAUGUCAAAACUAUG